AUGGAGACGCCUCCGCCCGGACCACGGGCGAUGAUGGUUGACAUCGGGGAACAGCAAAUCGUCCACAACGAAGGUUGCGACCUGCAUUACGGGUACCAAGACAAGGGGCCGCUCAUCACCUUCAUCCCCGGCGGCAACGGCCACGGGCGGCAGUUCAACAAAAUGAUGGCCGCGCUGUCCGGCAGGUUCACCUGCGUCACCUUUGACCGGCGCCAGAUGUCGGCAAGCAGAGUGCCAUGGGCUUCGACAAGUCCAUCCUUCUUCGGCAGCAGCGGCGGCGGCUUCUUCGCCUUCCAGUUCGCCCUCGACUUCCCCGACAUGGCCGACCACCUGAUCGCCACCGUCGGCCUUCUCCCCGAUGCUUCCGCCCUGCUGGACUGGUUCAAUCAUCUCUUGGAGGUGUACGAGACCCGCGGGUUGGAGGAAACGUCCGGAAUCCCGAAGACGGAACCGCCAGAGCCGGAGAACGUCCGAAUCUUCUGGGCCAACGAGAUCCCCGUUCUUGUGGCGUACAUCCCCAACUUUUGCCGGUUGAAGGAGAACAAGACCAGUAGCGGUCUAAUGAGGAGGAUCCGUUGCAGGGACCCCUUCUUUGCCAGGGCAACGGUCGAGCAGGCAAAGAUCCUGGACUGUCCCCUGCAUGUAGUCCCGGGGCAUCACCAAUGGUUCGAAAUUGAGACCAAGGAAUUCCAUUUCCCGGACAUGCUGGAGACCCUGAUAAGAAAGAGAAACGGCAGCUAG